AUGUCACAAUCUAUACAUUCAAUUGACUCCAAACUAGUUCACGAACAUAAUAAACACAUAAUUAAACCACCCGAUUUUUCAUUAAGUUCAAUUAAACAAUAUUUCGUCACAAGAUUCACAUCAUUAUGGGUUGGUACUGAAGAAUUAAAACAAUACUCCUUAAGUCAAGUUUUAAAUCCUUUUCAACCGUUGGUCGAAUUGAAUUUACAUCAAUGGAAUUUCUUUGCUGUUUCAUUUUUGGGUUGGACUUUGGAUGCUUUUGAUUUUUUUACUACUUCAUUAAAUGUUUCAAACAUUGCAAAAGACUUAAAUGUUUCAAUUUAUGACAUCACCUGGGGUAUAACUUUGGUGUUGCUCUUGAGAACAGUGGGUGCUGUUAUUUUUGGUUUACUAGGUGAUAAUUGGGGUAGGAAAUGGCCAUUUAUAAUUAAUUUAGGUAUUUUGGCUGUUAUUCAAUUGGGAACUGGUUUUGUUAAAACUUAUAAACAGUUUUUAGCCGUACGUGCUAUAUUUGGUAUUGCAAUGGGUGGUAUAUUUGGUAUAACUUGUGGUGACGCUUUGGGUGAUGCGCCAAAAAAUGCAAGAGGUGUCUUAUCGUAUGUUUUAUGAUCAAUUAUAGAAUGGACAGCUACUAACUAUUUUAAGAGGUAUUUUUCAAGAAGGUUAUGCUCUAGGAUACUUGUUUGCGGUUAUUUUUCAAAGAGCUAUAGCCAAUACUACAAAACCUGGUUGGAGAUCAUUAUUUUGGUUCCUGGCUGGUUUGAGUCUUUUGUUAAUGGUAUGGAGAGCAACAAUGCUGGAAACUGAUUCCUAUAAACGACAAAAGGAAAGAAUGAAAGAAAAUGCUGCUGCUAAAAAAAAUUCAAAAUUUGCUGAGUUUAAAUCUCAAUACAAGAAGGUGAUUAAGACACAUUGGUUAAUUAUGAUCUAUCUCAUCAUAAUGAUGUCAUUUUUUAAUUACCUGCUGCAUGCUCUGCAGGAUAUGUAUAUAUGUGCUUUUUCAACUAUUCACGGCUUGAUUGAUUCGAUAGCUCAAGUUUCUUACUGAAAACAUUAUGAGUGUCAAUUUUUCUUUGCUAAAUUUUCAACUUUUACUAACAAAUGCUUGUACCCAACCAUGUUGACGGAACAGUACCAUUUUAGCAACGAUAAGGUAACCGUAAUUAAUGUUUGUGCAAAUUUAGGAGCUUUGGCUGGCGGUAUAGUUAUUUCUCAUGCUUCAAAUUUUAUUGGUAGAAGAACAGCAGCAAUUUGUGGAAAUAUUAUUGCAGGAGCAUUUAUCUAUCCAUGGGCUUUUAAGCCAAUGUGGGUUACUGCAUUCUUCAUGCAAUUUGGUAUACAAGGUAGCUGGUCAAUUGUUCCCAUUCAUUUAUCAGAGUUAUCCCCAGCUUCGAUGAGAGUAUUUUUAUCCGGUGUUGCUUAUCAAUUGGGUAAUAUGGCUUCAAGUGCUUCAUCAACUAUUGAAGCGAGGAUUGAACAAAACCUUCAUAUUUAUGGACAAACUAUGAGUAUAUUUGUUGGUUGUGUUGUUGCAUGUUUAUUUUUAACAAUGUUAUUUGGUCCUGAAAAUAGAGGUGCUGAUUUAGGUAUGGAAAGAGAUGAUGAAUUAAGUGUUUAUGACAUUGAUGAUGAAGAGAAUGAUGAUAAAAAGGAAAUUUUAAACGAUACAAGUUGUGAAAAACCUGAAGUAGAACAUAAAGUAUAA